GCUGACGAGCACGCUCUACGGCCUUCUAGAACCCUCCUCCCCUUUCCAUAACAGAGUCGAACAUCGCCAUCACCUCCUUCCAUUUCAGGCCUCCAGCCUCCGAUCUAUACCCCGAUCGAGCCUCGCCGGACGGAGGCGCCCCCCAUGCCACAGCCCUAGCGGCGUCAAUCUCACCAGCCCAAACCCCGCCGCCCGCCCGCCAUGUUCGGCGUCGUGUUCCCGGACCACACCUUCCCGCUGGACGCCACCGCCUUCGCGCAGGUCGCGCCGGCCUCCUGGCUCCUCGACCUCUCCACGCUGUCCCUCCCCUCCGCGCCCCGCUCCGCCGUCGUCUUCCUGCUCCCGCCCGCCGCGGCCGCGCUGCCCCCGGGCAAGGCCGUCGCCGUCUACUACCAGGCGGCCGCCAACCGCCCCUUCGCCUUCCUCGGCGCGCUCGGCCCCGCGCGCCCCUCCGCCGCCCUCCAGCUCCCGGAGGCCGGGGACGAGCCGGAGCCCCCCGCCGGGCCCGCCAAGCUGGGCGUCGCCGUGGAGGACGCCGCCGCGCUGCCCUCGCCCCCCGACGAGCAGCGCGCCGAGCGCGUCGCGCUCCGCGUCGGCGAGAACCUCUUCAAUUUCAUGCAGUCCUUCUGCGCCGCCGACGGCGGCAAGCUGGUGGUGCCCACGGAUAUCCUGGACCGCUGGUUCCGCAAGUUCCAGGAGAGGGCCAAGAAGGAUCCCACCUAUCUGAAAAGCUUUGACUUCUGAAACCAAAGCUUUAGGUUAUAUUGCAGUUGCUCUGCAUGCAUAUGUGAUGGGCAGGAGGAUCUCGAUCCUCCUAUGUGUUUGUUUGUACACAAAUUAGCAUGCCUUGUAGGGAGUAGACCAAAUCAAGGUUGCCAAUCCAGCCUCUGUCUAUUUGACAGUUGUAGUGAGAGAAGCGUCAACAAAAACAGCCAUAGUAGAUUAGCUGGUGUAAUGCAACAAACAACAGAUCUUGUUAGCAAACUGUACAAAAUUCCUUUGGUUAAUCCUGAGCAUUUUGUUCUAAAUUUUCA